AUGCUGCCGGGUACUCGCUGCCUCGCCUCCUCGCUGCUGCUUUCCUUUUUGUACCUCUUCAUCGUCUUGGACUUGCCCUUCACACGAAAUGCCUCCUCUACAGUCUGCUCUGCCUCCGUUUACCCAGCCCAAAAACGGCAUUCGGCAAUCUCUUCCACGGACAAGUCAACAUUUGGAAGAUCUACUCGCUGUGUUGGUCGAUUCUUCUUCCUCGGAUCCUCGUCAACACGUUCUUAUGGAAGACUCUGGAGCCCGGUUUUCCGCCCGACGACUGAAAGAAAUUGGUUCAACAAUGCACCGCUUCCGAAUGCGAUACCUGUUCCUGUACUUCCGCUGCCCAUCAACGUCUCGGAUACCCGACUGUGUGAGUCUUGGACGCCGGGCAACACUGCGCGUAUUCGACCCAGUCUUCAGCAAGGCACUGCGGCUUCCCUGCGGUCUCUGGGCGCAGCGUCAUCGAACCCGUCACUGGUGCCGAACCACGAGUCUAUCGAACUUGGUCAGUUGGUUGUUGAAAACUCGAAUUCAGAUGUCGACCCGGUAGAUGCCCCUACGAGUGGCAAAAAGAGCAACAGUCCACUUGAACUUGUCCGCACCAAAUUCCAUCGAAACAAGUCGCAGCACAGCUCAAGAACAGGACCCCGAUCAGGCCUCGGUACCAGUGAAGAGGAAAUGGCCCGUCGAGCCGAACUGAAGAGAAUUAUGCACAAGAGAAUCCAAGACGAGUUGAAGAGCGAAGAGGAGCAGCCUGAACCGAGUACCGGGUCCGCUUCUGGCAUGGCCGAUGUCCACGGAAGCCCACGUUGUCACAGUUCGUACCAUGUCGACAAUUCGCCAGACGGCAAUUCGGCUCUAUGUACAUGGCUGAUGACUCAAGGGCUGUCAAACCAUGCACAUGUCACAGGAAGAGCUCUGGAACCACCGUCGAAGUUGGCGUUUGAGAUCGAGGAAACCAUCGCCAAGCUGCCACAGGAUGCAGUCAUGCGUCAUUGCCCAUCUCUGGAAUCCUCUGAACUGACAAAAGGGCAAACGUGUCAGCCUCUGCAACAAUGCCAAGAUGAUGACACUGCCAAUUACUCAAUGCCAAACAAGGAAACAUCGAUUGCAAGAGAUGUGAGGUGUGUUAAUCUUACUGUCGGCGCCAACAUAUUCGACACAAGCUAUCCGUCGAAAGAGAUCGUCUGCCUGCCUACACCGGAGAUAUCAAGCACCGGCAGCGAGACCAGGAAUGCAGCAACAAGCUUACAUGGCCUUCAGCUGCCACCCUUUCGAUUGUCAGAGACAUCGAGCUAUCGACACCAAGAGGCUGAGUUACAGACUAUUGAGAAGCGUUUCGGUGAUGUGCUCUCAAAACGUGGGCGCCCCCCUCUCAAGCACAGCAAGUUCAAGGAAGAAUUUGAAGAGACUGGACCGCCAGUGGCCAUCACCCGUUCGUCGUUUUUAUUGCAAAAGCUUCAUAUGCCUGUGCUAAAGCGGGCGAAAUCAAGUUCAAAGACUGACAUUCAGGCGACUCCGCGAUGUGAGGCACCGGCCGAAACAUUGGUCGUGCGAUCCCCAAACCAGCCUUUACAAGGUCACGAAGGAACAACCACGCGGAAUCUGGCGCCAAAUAUGUACUUGACUCCAGCACUAGAGGAGAGCACUACCGACCUGUGGCAGAGGGCUGUUCAACUGGAGCGAGAGUCUCGCAAGGGAGCUGUCAGGGCUGCAGCGGUCAAGAAAGAUCGGAAAAAGUUAGCUUCCAACAGCAGCGUUAAUCUCAAGGUCGGAAGAUGGAGGGGAGUCCAGCGGAGCAUAUCACUCGAGUCGACCAACGCAUCAGACGCUACUGUUCCCAAUCCACACCACUUGUCAGCAGAAGAUGAUCCUGAUCGCCAGAAACAACCUGCGUCGCCAAUGUCUCUGGGAACCAAGCUUCCAAGACGAGUAAUGUAUGAUGAACAAAAAAGAUACCGACCCCAUCAUGAGUCUGGGGAUCGGGGAGUGAGGGUCCUCCAAAACCCUAACAUGGGUAUACCGCCACCAGAAGCGUGGUCCAGAUGGCCAUCACAAACACGAAAAGAACGGACCGCGGCAGCAGGGUACUCGGAUGGUAUGAAGUCCAGAGAUUUUGCGAUUGUUGCUUCGACUGGCGAUGGACGCAUUGAAUGGGUCACUGACAAAGACCCAGCAGCUACCAUGACUGAUUUGCAACUCGGCUCUCGGUCCUUCUCUGGAAAACUUGGCAAAGCUGUCAAAACUGGGCUGGAGAAGCUGCUUCCUCCCAAAUCAGGGCCUCUGGACGAGGCAGGAAGAUCUCUGAGUGGUCAUGUGGCCUUUGCUGACAAGCGACUUGAGUAUCCUGAACUUGAAAUUCUCCCAACGGAAGGGGGCUAUAAGGAGCUCAAAGCACUCGAAUAG